GAGUUUUUUCCCGAAGGGGAAGAAACCAUGACCCAAUCGCGUGCAGAACGCCAAGGUUCAUUUCACACCCGGCUGUUUUAUACGCAACAGUGCCAGCUCUGGUAGGCAGAACUGAAACAAAUAACACACGAAACGCAUACUUCCUCCAGACUCCACCAAAAACAGACGUGUUCCCUUUUCUUCCGAAUUUUCAACAAGAAUGAAUCGUGUCAGCUUCCUCUUCCUGAUUCCGGCUUUCAUCUGCCUUGUUCAAUCCAAAGAUAUCGAAUUCGAACCAUGCGGAGGAACAGUAAAGUCUGUUUCCGUGGAGCCAUGCGCCAAGGAGCCUUGUGAGAUUCCCAAAGGAUCAUCCGCUAUAAUCAAUGUUCAUUGUGUUUCAAAUGCUAAUGCAGAAAAACUCCGUUUGUCCGUAUGGGCUGAUGUGGCCGGAAUCGAGUUGCCAUAUCCUGGAAUGAAAAGAGAUGCAUGCAAAGGAAAGAACUUGACCUGUCCUGUCUCUGUAAACCAGGAUCUCAAAUACACACAAGUAUUCGAAGUCAAGAAAUUCUUCCCCACGGUUCAAACUAAGGCUAGAUUUGAGCUGAAAACCAACGAUGAUCAGGAUAAGGUUAUCUGUUGCUUCAAAGCUCCCGUGAAAGUUGUUUCAGCAAAAUAGGCAUCUGAACAGACCAUUUAUUUACUCAUCUUUUUCUAUUUAUGUUCAAAGCAGUCUUCCAUUUAUACGCAUCUGCAAAAAAUCCGUGAGCUCUUAGUUGUACAUAAAAUUGUUUUGUUUUAUUUUUAAAAGUAAAAAUAUACAUCAGUA